AUGGAGAAUACUAGACAGAGAACAUGGGAGAGGGCGAAAAUGGCAUCGCUGUUGGAUCAUGUUGUUGUGGCGAUGGAUGACGAAAAAAUUGCAGAAUAUUGUAGAGAAUUUGGCGCUGAUGUGAUAAUGACAUCAGAAUCAUUUCGAAAUGGCACAGAGCGUUGUAAUGAAGCACAUCAAAAGCUUGGGAACAAGUAUGAUAUUAUUGUAAAUAUUCAGGGGGAUGAGCCUCUUGUUGAACCUAAACUAAUAGAUAGCAUAGUCAAGGCACUUCAGGCUGCUCCAGAUGCUGUCUUCAGCGCGGCAGUUACUUCUUUGAAAUCUGAAGAUGCAUUUGAUCCAAAUCGUGUUAAAUGUGUGGUGGACAAUCGUGGAUAUGCAAUUUAUUUUUCACGAGGACUGAUACCAUUUAACAAGUCUGGAAAGGUCAAUCCUCAAUUUCUGUACUUGCUUCGUCUGAGGAUUCAGAGCUUUGAUUCAAAGUUCCUCAAGAUAUAUCCAGAGCUGCCACCCACUCCAUUUCAACUGGAAGAAGAUCUUGAACAGCUGAAAGUCCUUGAAAACAGAUACAAAAUGAAGGUGAUAAAAGUUGACCAUGAGGCCCAUGGAGUUGAUACCCCCGAAGAUGUAGGGAAAAUAGAACGUUACAUGGAAGAGAAUAAGGCCCCGUUUGGGAGUGACUUUUCACUCAAAAAAAUUGAUGUUUUUUACCGUUAUUUCAUUAUUUCAGCUGUAAUUUUUGAUUUCUUCUUUUACAGGUGGCCCCGACUUUUCUCUUAAGGUCAAAAAAAUCAAUUCUCAAAAUCACUCCCGAACAAGCCCUAACUUAAUCUUAGCUCCUUCGAUGCCAUUGCAUUGCAAAUUGCAAAGGGAUCUUAUAGGAAUGUGAGUUAGCUUCUUUAAGUAUCGGUAUGUACAUGAUGACUGUAAUAUGUGUGUAAAACGCGUCUUUUGGGUGUUAACAAGCUUGUAGGUAGUCCUUCAAGCGGCACAAAACUUGUAAUGUUCGGUUUGGUUUUAUAUUUAAAACUAUGUCCGAAUUAUACAGAUAGGUGGUUUUGCAUAACUAUCUUCUUAGCUCAAUCACUGCAUUAUAUAAUUGUUGAACUUUUGAAGCAAAAAACGACAAUCCUCAAGUUAGGACAAAUUGACAUUUUGGGUUAUGUCUACACAUUUCUAUCUAAUCUAACUACAUAUAAAAGA